GGGGGGCUGGGCAGCCGCAGUGACCGCAGCUCCCCAGGAGCCCCCGGCCGGGCCUCCCCAGGCGGGCGGCAGAGUUGGCCGGGCCCCUGGGCACGCCAUGCGCAGCACCACACUCCUGGCCCUGCUGGCGCUGGUCCUGCUCUACUUGGUGGCUGGUGCCCUGGUGUUCCAGGUCCUGGAGCAGCCCCACGAGCAGCAGGCCCAGAGGGAGCUGGGGGAGGUACGAGAGAAGUUCCUGAGGGCCCAUCCGUGUGUGAGCGACCAGGACCUGGGGGACCUCAUCAAGGCGGUGGCUGACGCCCUGGGAGGGGGUGCCAACCCUGAAUCCAACUCCACCAGUAACAGCAACCACUCAGCCUGGGACUUGGGCAGCGCCUUCUUUUUCUCUGGCACCAUCAUCACCACCAUCGGCUAUGGCAAUGCAGCCCUGCGCACGGAUGCUGGGCGUCUCUUCUGCAUCUUUUAUGCCCUGGUGGGGAUCCCGCUGUUCGGGAUCCUGCUGGCAGGGGUCGGAGACCGGCUGGGCUCCUCCCUGCGCCGUGGCAUAGGUCACAUCGAAGCCAUCUUCCUGAAGUGGCACGUGCCCCCGGGGCUGGUUCGGAUACUUUCUGCGGUGCUCUUCCUGCUGGUCGGCUGCCUGCUCUUUGUCCUCACGCCCACGUUCGUGUUCUGCUAUAUGGAAGGCUGGAGCAAACUGGAAGCCAUCUAUUUCGUCAUAGUGACGCUCACCACGGUGGGCUUCGGGGACUAUGUGGCCGGCGCCAGUCCCAACCAGAAAUCUGCAGCCUACCAGCCACUGGUGUGGUUCUGGAUCCUGCUUGGCCUGGCCUACUUCGCCUCGGUGCUCACCACCAUUGGGAACUGGCUCCGAGUAGUGUCCCGCCGCACCCGGGCAGAGGUGGGCGGCCUCACGGCCCAGGCCGCCAGCUGGACGGGCACGGUCACGGCGCGGGUGACCCAGCGGGUGGGCCCCGCCGCGCCCCCGCCCCCGGAGAAGGAGCGACCCCUCCUGCCGCCGCCGCGCCCCGCGCAGCCCUCGGGCGGGCCCGGCUCCCCCGAGCCCCCGGGGAAGGAGAAGGCCGAGCCGCCCUCGCCGCCCACGGCCUCGGCGCUGGAUUACCCCAGCGAGAACCUGGCCUUCAUCGACGAGUCCUCGGACACGCAGAGCGAGCGCAGCUGCGCCCUGCCUCGCGCCCCGCGGGGCCGCCGCCGGCCCCCCAACCCCCCCAAGAAGCCCGCGCGCCCUCGGGGCAAGGGCGCGGCCGCCUGA